AUGCGGGGCUCGAACGUACUUGUCCUGAAAGAUGGUCGCGGGGGCAUCCCGGACGUUAUUAUGCGGAGACAAUUCGAGGACGAGGGGGAGGACACUUCUCUUCGCCUCGUACCCACCGAAGGCUCCAAAUCCGCGUCCGUGAAGGACACCGCGAACAGUCUUGGUCUGCACGAUACACUGCAGUACGGUCCACGCAGCAUUGCUGCUGAGGUGAAGACACAAUCGCAGAUCAAGAACCGCUUGGAAAAGUGGGAGGAAACACAAGAUAACACGAAGCUCAAUCUCUUGCGGAACGUGCAGGGAUUGCACGCACCGAUGCGUCUGCUUAUGGAGCGGCGCAUCGUAUCUCAUAAUCCUCACAUGCCUGGUCUGUACGACGACACAAAUCUGGCUCUGGACAUCUUGAUGGGUCGCGACGAAACAGUAGAACCUGCUGAUAUCUUCAGCAAUGUUGAUAUCAAGCAACCGAUGAAUCUCCACACCGAGAUGGAGAAGAAACGCCGAAUCUAG